UCUCAAUGCAGGAAAUGCUCUCAUCUUACUGAGCCACUUCUCCUUCCUUUGCUAAAGCUUCCAUACUGUAUCUCUGAACUGAUCGUUUUUUUAAAACCGAAGACUGAAAAUGGAAAAGCAGCUCUGUGAUUUACUUGUGCGCCUGAUUCUGCUUACCUGGGGUUUCGGAGCUGGUGUUGCUGGUUUCUUGCGGUACUCCUCUCUGGGAGAGACUGUUACCCUGCCUUGUAUGAGAUUCCAGGAAUAUGAAAACUCGUUCAUUUAUUGGAUCUUUAGUCAAAGAUCUGAAACAGCUUCUGAGCUGGCCUUGGGUGAGAAGAUUACAGUCAAACAGCCAGAGAGAGCUGCAAGACUGGAGGUGCUGCCUGACUCGUCUCUGCGGAUACACCACCUGCACACAGAGGAUGCCGGCCAGUAUGAAUGUCAACAACAUGUAAAUAGGAACUAUCAUACAAGAGGAACUCCAGUUGUUCUGACCCUGCUCACCAUUACAGCUGACCCAGGUAGAGACUUAAAGAGAGGCACUGCUUUAGCUCUACAGUGCACCCUGGUGUGUAAUGGUGUAGCUCCUGACAAUGUUGAACUGACCUGGGUGGAUGAUGAAGGCACAGCCCUGCAGGGAGACAGGUUCAAGAUCACUCCCAGCAGAACACAUUCCACUCUGUCCCUGGAGCUGCAUAUAUCAGACCACAACAGGAGAUGGAGAUGCAACCUAACUGAGGGGGGUGAAGUAAAGGCUUCGUAUAGCUACACCACUACACUUACAGACACUCCGGUAUUGAUUGCAACAGCUUCAGCGGCAGCCAUCGCUCUCCUCAUAGUUUUGAUCCUCGUCGUUGCGUUCUGUGUUUGGAAGAGGAGGAGAUCAGAUUCAGAUAACCACGUCCAGGAUGAAGAAUUAACAAAGGAGUCUGUCAGUGAGAUUCCUGCUCAGGUUACGGGGGGCGCCGGGGAGAACUACUCCAGCAUCCAGUUCAACGACGAGGGAAGAGGACCUGAAAGGAGACAGGGUCCGGCGGAGGAGAGCAAUACCGUCAUUUACUCUGCAAUCAAAUAAUAGGCACACCAUGGCUGCUCUCGCUGUUACAACAUUCAGACACCUGGUGGCGCUAAAAAAAAAAAAAACAUUUUUUGUAUUUUACAUUUUAAACAGUCAAAUGCUCAGGAAUUGCUCUGCUUUGUUUGAUUCAUGAUGAUUUUUAGGGCUCUGUUUUAAAAACGUUAAAGUGUGUUUUAAAGAAUAUUUUGAUAAAUUUGUUUAAGCACAUUAUGAUUAUUUCAAUGGAGUUUGCAGUUCAUUACACCACUUUGGUCUGUUUUAGAGAGGGUUCGUUACAGGGGUGUGCCGAGACUGCUAUUUUCUGAGUAAUUGCCUUGUGAAGUUGUUCGUUAUUAAUUAAAUGCACUAAAACAUAUUAAUUACUCAACAUAAAACAAUGCGCUCCCUCGGUUUCAGUUGUUUACACAAUCAUUGAGUAUCAAUCAUUAACAGUA